GCUGGUCAGAAACUGACAGUGCUAUGAUGCCCAGACCAGCGCCAGAUUCGACGGAAGGCGGCCCAAGGAAAGUCACCCCGAUAACCGAACCAACAAGCCCGAAAGACGCAAAGUUGAACGGGAAAACGAUUGGGUGCGCAACGGACGCCAGAUGGAUAUGGUACAAAGGUGGUCGCACACGGGCAGCCGAAUAUGCCUCAAUAGCGGAGAUGCAUGGUGGAGAUAAAGCGCGCAGCGCGCGUUUGGAGCGGCGCGAGGGCGCAGGCAGCACCGCGGAAAGUGAUGCAGAAGAGGUGGCAGAACGUUGGCGUCGAAGGCAGUGUUUUUGUCGCAACGACGUCAGCUGGUAAUGGAGCAGUAUGCGACCAUCUUAUGGGCCGGGAACGGCGGGAGAGCCGCUCCCAUCACGAUAGCAUGGCACCAAUCCAACCCCUUGCGAUAGCGCAAAGCGCGUCCGCCUCGUCACGACGCCAGCAUCGUCGCAGCGUGACCCUGUCCUCUGCUCUUCUUUGUCUGGCUCUGAUCCUGGCGUCGACAGCCUCGCAGCGAGCCGCGUGCGGCCUCACCCUUUCCCGCCGACGACACCGCAGCAGCCAAUAGGACAGCCACCGCCCUGGCAUUGGUGUGUCUCAGGAAGGCAUCGUUCUAGAAAGCCGUAUCCCUUGAAUGCG